AUGACAAUAUGUAUGCCCCUCCUCACCCCCAGACCGGCAGAGACUCCAUUCGAAGGUGGAACAUGGAAGGUCCAUGUCGAGCUCCCCGACACGUACCCUUACAAGUCUCCAAGCAUUGGUUUUGUUAAUCGCAUCUUUCAUCCUAACAUUGAUGAGUUGUCUGGCUCGGUGUGCUUGGAUGUCAUUAACCAAACCUGGUCACCCAUGUUCGACAUGAUCAACAUUUUCGAGGUCUUCCUCCCUCAACUCCUUCGAUAUCCCAACCCGACCGACCCUCUCAACGGAGAAGCAGCAGCCUUGCUUAUUAGGGAGCCCAAGAGCUAUGAUGCGAAGGUUAAAGAAUACGUCCAGAAAUACGCCUCUAAGGAAGCCGCAGACGAAGCCGGAGCCGAGAGCGAAGAUGACGAUGAGCUAUCCUCAGUUGCCAGCUUUGGAGACGACGACGACGAGCCCGCGGGCCAGAUGGAUGAUGUAUAA